CGAUACAGUAUAGGCCGCUUUUGGAAGGCCGUGCGUCGGUGAUCGCUUGUUCGGCAUUCGGAGUCUAGGAUCAUUGAGCAUGACGGUCGAGCUUACGGUGUCGCGAAGACAGUGUAGACAGAUUCUAUGUGGUGCCUUUUUUGUCAUUUGCUGUGUUCCUAAUUUGGAGACGAGCUCUGAUGACAUUCCAAUGCGGAUGUCGACAAAUAGAGACGCCUUGUACGAUGGCAGAGAAGCCACUGAGAUCAGAUGCGAUGCGCGCUCCACGGUACCUCGUCUGUCUUGUCAUAUACCCAAUUUAUUCAUCGUUGCCCCCCAAGCAGUACGCGACAUCCACAAAAGAAAUCGCGGCAUAGCCGAAUCGUCAGACGAGAGCCUUUACGACGUGGUCAUCGUUUGCACGCAUAUUAACUGGCAUUGUCACAUCUACGUUCGCUUUGAAGACCCAGAACCGGUUCAUUGGCCGUAUGAGUGAUGGCUCUAGCCGGAUGCUGAAACGAGAAGGUGGACCUGGGUUGACAGAAAUCGAGUGUUUUUGGACCACUUCAUGGAGUAUCAUUGCGAUCGGUGGGUUUCCAGAUACAUGUCGUGCCAGAAGACGCGCCUCACGUC